GAUGGAAGUUUCUUCAGAGAAGAGAAUAACCGCAGCACCGUGCCUUUAAGCCGAUAGCAUCCCCAUUCGUAACCCUAACCUCAAUCUAGGUUUCGGCCUCCCGAACACAACGGUCAGCGCUUAACGUUCUCACCUCACGACACCAUCCGUUAGAAUGAUUCUCCUUCGCCCACCGACAGGCAGAGUGCUUAGGUUAGGGACCCUGUCACGUCCGAUGUCUUCGGUUCCUACCCUGCCACUUCACCCGCCAUCAUUAGCCGAGCAAAGCGCUACCUUCGAUGCUCGCGUUCAAGACGUCUCCGCUUUCUUUUCUUCCCCCCGAUUUGCUUCUAUCACCCGUCCCUAUACCGCUCAUGAUGUAGCACUAAAGCAGGGUUCCGCGCCUGUUCUUCCCCUGCCAUCGACACUCCUUGCUAACAAGCUCUUCGCCUUAUUCACUGAGGCAGCUUCUAAUGGUCAACCUGUGCCUACCAUGGGUGCUAUUGACCCCGUUCAAAUGACUCAAAUGGCAAGGCAUCAACAAGUCGUAUACGUUUCUGGUUGGGCUGCAAGCUCAGUGCUAACUACGGGCAAUAAUGAAGUUGGUCCUGAUUUCGGAGAUUACCCUUAUACAACCGUACCAAACCAAGUUCACCGUCUCUUCCGUGCGCAGCAACUUCAUGACCGGAAGCAUUACGAUGAACGUAUGUCCGCAUUGCUAGAAAAGCGUGCAGAGAUUUCGUAUAUCGACUAUUUACGACCAAUUAUUGCGGACGGUGAUACUGGCCAUGGAGGGACCUCUGCCGUUAUGAAACUCACAAAGCUCUUUGCGGAGUCAGGUGCUUCAGCCGUACAUUUCGAGGACCAACUUCACGGCGGAAAGAAAUGCGGACACCUUGCAGGGAAAGUUAUUGUUCCCCCAAGCACACAUGUAUCACGGCUUGUCGCGGCCCGUUUCCAACUUGACAUGCUUCUAUCUCCGAUGCUGCUUAUUGGCCGCACUGAUGCUGAAAGUGGCAAACUCCUUUCCACCAGCAUUGAUCCUGUUGAUCACCCAUACAUCCUCGGUACUACGACGCAAGGACAACCUCUCAGUGAAGCUCUUGCGCGAGCCACAAGCAGUGCGGAUGCUGCCAGAAUCGAGAAUGAAUGGGAUUCAUCAAACGAGUUGAUCACUUUCGAUCAAGCCGUUGAACGAGUGCUAUUGUCUAGCAGUACUUCCAACCCACGCGGCGUGUUCGAGCAGUACAAGAAGGCAGUGGCCGGUAAAUCAAACUUUGAAGCACGUCAGAUUGCUCGGGAGGCUGUUGGCCAGAAUAUCAACUGGAACUGGGACCUCCCCCGCACACCCGAAGGCUUCUAUCGAACUACUGGUGGCCUUCAGGCAGCCAUCGACCGUGCCCUUGUGUAUGCACCAUACGCAGACUUGCUGUGGCUGGAAACCGGUAAGCCAGACUUAGUGGAGGCCAGAACCUUUGCGAGAAAGAUCCGGGAGAAAUACCCUGGCAAAUGGUUUGUAUACAAUCUGAGCCCCAGUUUCAACUGGUCGCAGGCAGGGUUUAGCGAUGCAGAUCUCAAGAACUUUAUAUGGGAACUCGGAAAAGAAGGAUUUGUUUUGCCACUAAUUUCCCUUGCUGGGCUGCACACUAAUGCUGCUGCUACCGCUGAGCUCGCUGCACGGUUCAAGGAUGACGGCAUGCUUGCUUAUGUGGAACUUGUGCAACGCAAGGAGAAGGAAAUCGGCUGUGAUGUUCUCACCCAUCAAAAGUGGAGCGGAGCCAAUUACCUUGAUUCGAUCAUCCAGACUGUAUCUGCGGGAUCGUCAAGCACGUCUGCCAUUGGGAAGGACUCGACGGAACAUAGUUUUUGAUCCUUGACCAAUCAGUAUUGUGCAGACACAAGGAUAUAUACUAAUUGGACUUUCUGCUUGUGGCACUAGUGUUCUAGCCCCAUACCAGCCUCGAAGAACCAAGAGUGAUAUUUGAUUACAUGGCAAUGUCAUUUCUGCUUGAAGAGCUUACGCGAGAUGCAGAUCGCUGAUGACUUGGCCGCAACUUUGUGCCAAGUACACAUCCGUUCAACGCCGCUCUGACUCAGAUGAGUGUUCCAGACACAUGCCAUAUGGCACGC